AUGGCUGACAACGCCCCUCCCUCCGCUGAGAUGCUCAGCGGCGCUCACCCGACCGAUGCCACCCCUCAGUAUGAUCUGCUGCCCCGGCUGAUCCCGUACCUCGACCGCCACCUGGUUUUCCCGCUGCUGGAGUUCAGCGCCGGCGCCGAUGAGGAGGACAAGGAAAUCACCCGCGCCAAGUACGAGUUGCUUAAGCACACCAACAUGACCGACUAUGUUGCCAAUUUGUGGAAGGAGAUCAACGAUUCCGACGAUAUUCCCGACGAGUUUGUCAAGAAGCGCGAGGAGGUUCUGGCCAAGCUGCAGCACUACCAGGAUCAGAGCGAAAAGAUCACCGAGCUUUUGCAGGAUGAGGAUGUUGUGGGCAACCUCCGAAGCGACAAGGCGGCUAACUUGCGCUUCUUGGAGGAGCAACACGGUGUUACCAACGAGAUGGUCAACAGCCUGUACGACUAUGGCCGGUUCCAGUACAGCUGCGGCAGCUACGGUAACGCCGCCGAAUUGCUCUACCAGUUCCGUGUCCUGUCCACCGACAACGACAAGGUUGCCUCUGCCACCUGGGGUAAGCUGGCAUCCGAGAUUCUGACCACCAACUGGGAGGCCGCCAUGGAGGAGGUGCAGAAGGCCAAGGACUCGAUCGAGACCCGUUUGUUCAACAACCCGCUGGGCCAGCUCACCAACCGCUCUUGGCUCAUCCACUGGUCCCUGUUCCCCUUCUUCAACCACGAUCCCGCCCGCGACGUUCUGACCGACCUCUUCUUCUCCCCCGCCUACAUCAACACCAUCCAGACCAGCUGCCCCUGGAUCCUGCGCUACCUCGCUGCCGCCGUCAUCACCAACCGCAGCCGCCCUCAUAAGCACACCGGUGUGUACCAGAAGCAAUUGAAGGACCUGAUCCGAGUUGUGCGCCAGGAGGGCUACGAGUACACCGACCCCAUCACCGACUUUAUCAAGGCUCUUUACGUCGACUUCGACUUCGAGGAGGCUCAGAAGAAGCUGGGUGAGGCUGAGGAAGUUCUGCGCACAGACUUCUUCCUUGUGUCUGCCGCCGAUGCUUUCGUUGAGGCUGCCCGCCACCUUAUCUCGGAGAGCUACUGCAAGAUUCACCAGCGGAUUGAUAUUAAGGACCUUUCCACUCGCCUUGGCCUGAGCCAGGAUGAGGGCGAGAAGUGGAUUGUCAACCUCAUCCGCGAUACCCGAGUUGACGCCAAGAUUGACUACAAGGAGGGUACCGUGAUCAUGAACCACCCUCCUCAGUCGGUGUACCAGCAAGUCAUUGAGAAGACUAAGGGUGCAUUCUUCCGGACACAAGUCUUGAGCUCGGCUGUCGCAAAAUGA